CUGAUAGGUGAGAUAGCGUAGAUCUUGAGCCUUCUCGCAGCUGUAGCUCGUGCUCGUAUAUAAACGCCUGUGCAUACCUGUUGCGGAUAUAGUAAGAUUCACAGUCUCCACUAAAUUACCAAUCGAACUGUACACGCGCGUACAGUACUUAAUUGCUUUUCCGCAACAGCAGAAAAAUGUUGGCCAGUUGCACAAAAUUGUUCGCGUUGGCAGCAGCUGUUUUGGCGAAGACAUGCGAGGAACAACGGGAAGCGUGCGACGUUUUAAGGAACAACAUGUAUUCAUCACAGAAUGAACAUGAAUUAGACAAUUUGCCCUGGCCAGCGACAAACGAGGAUUACGCUCCAUAUAGAGCGCUCGCUGAAAAACACUGCCGCAUGCAAAACGAAACAGCACACUGCAAGAAGGCCCUGAUGGCCCGUUGCUCCGACGAUCCCUAUAUUUCGGCGCGCUACUUCUACUACAGUCCUUACUCGGCAGGAUGGGGCCUGUCAAGGGCUGCACUCUGCCAGUAUGACAUUAAUCCGCUGCGGUAUACCCGCGCUGAACGCUACUGUGACCGACUAACACGCGAUGUAGAGUUCCAGUUGCACCAUGGGUCGGAGGAGGCGGCGUCCCAGCGCAAUGUCACCGAUGUGAAGAGUGCGGUCUGCGAAGGCCUGCGCACGUACGUGGAGCGACUGGAAGGUCCGCUCAACGCGACGCUGUCCAGCGUUUGCGGGUCGGACGCGGUGGAAGCUAUGCGCGAUGGCUACCGAGCACAACAUGCCGCUUUCUGUAUUUCCUAAAAUGACCUUGCAAAUGCCGAGUAGAUUUUUGAUUUUAAAACAAUGCCGACGUUAACAACACCAUUAUUAGUCCAAAGGACAUACGAAUAGUUUAUUGUCGUAAAAGAGAAUGUGAGAAUAAACGCCGCCAUAUUUGUGCAGAUCAAACCGAUCCUCGAAAUAGGCGAAAUCCUCGUUCAGAUACCAUUUUUUGGCGUCUGUCGUACGUAUGGUGCACGGACAUUUCUCACAUUUUUCGAGGCGUGUUUAAAAACAUUUUUUUCCGA